GCUCUUUGCUCAGUUCUGUUGAUUGGUUGCUUCUCUUACCAUAGCCCAUAUUUGGUUGCAGACUUCACCUGUUUUCUUCUUCCUUUUUAUCCCCUUCAGGGUAAAGUAGAAUACCUGGUGAAGUGGAAAGGAUGGCCCCCAAAAUACAGCACAUGGGAGCCAGAAGAUCAUAUCUUGGACCCUCGCCUGGUAGUGGCUUAUGAAGAAAAGGAAGAGAGAGACCGUGCUUCAGGGUACAGAAAAAGAGGUCCCAAACCAAAGCGCCUCCUAUUGCAGCGGCUGUAUGGCAUGGACUUGAGGAGUGCCCACAAGGGAAAGGAAAAGCUCUGUUUCUCUCUUGCACGGAGGUUUGGAGGAGGAGACAGUAGCCUGCCAGGGGCCAAGACAGGGCAGGCAGAGUUCUCAGAGAAGACUGGGGGAACAGUCCUGCCAUUCUCUCUCCGGAAGCAACGCAAAAACCAGAAGUACUUGCGACUGUCAAGGAAGAAGUUCCCCCGCAUGGCAAGCCUGGAGAACCGAAACUGCAGGCAUGAGUUCUUCUUGAAUGACGCAGUAGACCUGGAGGCCCAGCAAAGCUCUGAGGACUGGGAGGCUGUGCAGCACACCGGCAAAGAAGCAGAUGUGGAUGGCAAUCUCCCUUGGAUUCCCACUGUGCCCCCCAGCGAAGUGACAGUGACAGACAUCACGGCAAACUCCAUUACCGUCACUUUCAGAGAAGCACAAGUGGCUGAGGGCUUCUUCCGAGACCGGAGUGCGCAGUUCUGAAUCUCCAUUUUCAGUGCUCCCCAAAUCUAGUACUUUUAGAGUGGGGCUAGGGAGGGCUUAUUUUAUCCCCUAAGAAAAAAAAGUCCAAAAUGUCUCAAUGUUUACAGAGG